CCCGACAUCACUAGUCGCGUUUUGACGCUGAUCGUGUAUAGUGACGCAUGUUGCUCGAAAAGCAUUCGAACGCUUCGAAAUCGACUUUAUUUACUCACUCGAAAGUGGACAUGCAGGACUAAUCGACGAUAAUCACGGAACCAGCUAUGGCUCGCAUCGUGGUGGCUGGAGGAGCACUGCUCUACGUGUUGAGUAUAGCACUCGAGACAAACGCGCUGAUCCUCUUGCCUCACGACGUACGCCCCGGCCAUGCCGUCCGCCAUUUCAUCGGGAAUCACUCACGCUACACCCUGCUAGAUCCAGACCAUGCCUCAUUUUUCACGCUUUUGGACGACGGCCUUCUAAUGACGACCGCCGACCUAGCACCGUUGCUCAAUCGACCGUUGAACCUGGCGAUACUGGAGCAGACACCAUACAGUAGCUCGGCUCAUUCCAUUCAUCUUUUAGUAAUGGAUCGGCGGAAAAUGCUCCAUUUCACCUCAGUGAAUGGGCUGGAAGGCGAGAUAGCCGAAAAUGCCCCGCCCGGUACUGUCGUGGAUUUUCCACCAAUUCGAGCCACCGCUCUCGUCAAUGUAGGACCGAUUGCAUAUAAAAUUACAAAGGGUAACGAGAAUUCGACAUUCGCUUUGAAGGACAAGGACAAGGAAAGAAAUUCUGAUGUCAAGUCUGUCGUAACAGAAGGAGAUAUCGAGAUCGUAGCCCUCAAAUCCUUGGACGCCGAGAAGAAGAAAUUUUACGAUAUCGCCAUCCAAGCUACCGACUUGAUCGGUGUCAAUAAAGCUACGCUUCCCGUCAAAAUUAACGUUAUAAACGAAAACGACCACGAGCCUAUGUUUGAGCAGGAAAUAUACUAUUUCGCAGUGAACGGAACUACAGACGAAGGCUGUCGGAAUGGCACUCCACACUGGGAAAGAUUUUCAAAUAUUGGCAAAGUACAGGCGUUCGAUGAGGACGGUGAUCGUGUUUACUACUCUCUUAAAACACCCAGCAACCUCGCCGUCGUCGUGCCACAGACCGGUGAUUUGAUAUUGGCCGGUGAACCGGACAGUCACGAAGCAGAACUGGAAGUUUUGGCUCAUGACACUGGGACUCCGUCGAAGAAAAGCAAACCUGCCCAGAUUUACAUUGAAUUUGUGAUCCGCGAGCGCAAGGAAUUGCCGACGCUUCAUCGUGAUAAAAGGCGUGUGACACGUGCAGUGCGACCUACGAAACGUAUCGAAUUCACAGAAGCCGAUGGUGAAGUGGAAGGACGUUCCGUAUUUACUCUCGAAAAGGAAACCGAUCGCGAGACUUUUAAAAUUCGGGACGAAAAUCCGUGGGUUACGGUUGAACCGAGUGGUGUUGUGAAAGUUAAAAAGAAGUGGGACUACGAGGAGCUCGGCCCCGAGAAGACGAUCGAUUUUUGGGUCACCAUCACGAACGCCGGCAAUGGAGUGGCCUUGAGAUACACCGACAACCAGCGAGUAAUUAUCCACGUGAAGGACGUAAACGAUGAACCACCGUACUUCAUCAACCGGCCGCUACCCAUGCAGACGGUGGUGCAGCUGAACGCGGCUCCCAACACUCCAGUGUUCACGCUGCAGGCCCGGGACCCUGACACCGACCAUAACAUCCACUACUUCAUUGUUCGAGACCGGACUGGAGGGAGGUUCGAGGUGGACGAGCGAUCAGGUGUGGUCCGGACCCGCGGAACGGACCCCUUCCAACUGGACAUGGAGUACGUCUUGUACGUGAAAGCGGAGGACCAGAGCGGUCGCGUGGAUGAGAGGCGGUUUCAAUCUACUCCCGAGGAGCGGCUGAGCAUAGUGGGCGGGAAGCGCGCGCCGCAGUUUUAUCUGCCGAGCUACGAGGCGGAAAUUGCUGAGAAUCAAAAGAAAGAUUCAGAUAUAAUAUCCGUGAAGGCUAAGUCGUUCGCCGACCGCGAGAUCCGGUACACGCUGAAGGCGCAGGGCCAGGGCGCCGGCACCUUCAACAUCGGCCCGACCUCCGGCAUCGUGAAGCUGGCCAAGGAGCUCGACUUCGAAGACCUGCGCCAGCCCCACGUGUAUUCCCUCGUCGUCACCGCUACCGAGGACUCUGGAGGGUUCUCUACUUCCGUUGAGUUAACAAUCCGAGUGACGGACGUGAACGACAACGCGCCGAAGUUCGAGCUGCCGGACUACCAAGCCCACAACGUGGACGAGGACAUUCCCCUGGGCACCAGCAUCCUCAAGGUCAAGGCCAUGGACGCCGACUCCGGGAAGAACGCUGAAAUAGAAUACCUGGUGUCAGAUGACCAUUUCAGUGUGGACUCCAAUGGAAUAAUCACGAAUAAUAAACAAUUGGACGCUGACAACAAUAAUGCCUACUACGAAUUCGUCGUGACCGCAAAAGACAAAGGCGAACCCGCAAAGACCGGAACCGCUACCGUGCGAGUUUACACCAAGAACAAGAACGACGAGGAGCCCAAAUUCUCGCAACAGGUGUACACUCCCAACGUCGACGAGAACGCUGGACCCAACACCCUCGUUACAACCGUAGUGGCCUCAGACAAGGACGGUGACAAUGUGCGAUUCGGGUUCGUCGGAGGCGGCACCAGCUCCGGACAGUUUGUGAUCGAGGAGAUCACCGGUGUGAUCCGCCUACACAACAAAGCUAUCUCGUUGGACCGAGACAAGUAUGAGCUCAACGUUACUGCCAUGGACGAUGGUGCAUGUUGCGUUAACGGAGACGCCACCAUCCACACUUCGACUGCUGUGGUAGUUGUUUUCAUCACUGAUGUCAACGACAAUAAGCCCAUUUUCAAGGACUGCCCGACGUACUUCCCGAAAGUCGAGGAAGGCGCUCCCAACGGAAGCCCAGUGAUUAAAGUCCACGCUACCGAUGAAGAUAAGGGUGUGAACGGUCAAGUCAAAUAUUCUAUCGUUCAGCAGCCUAACCAGAAGGGCACUAAAUUCACCGUGGACGAGGAAACCGGCGAAGUAUCCACUAACAAAGUUUUCGACAGGGAGGGUGAUGACGGAAAGUUUGUAUCGGUCACCGUCAAAGCCACCGAUCAGGGAGAACCAUCCCUGGAGGGUGUCUGCUCGUUUACUGUCGAAAUAACCGAUGUUAACGACAAUCCCCCUCUGUUUGACCGUCAAAAAUAUGUGGAGAAUGUAAAACAGGACGCUAGUAUAGGUACAAACAUUCUGAGAGUAUCGGCCUCGGACGAGGACGCCGACAAUAACGGCGCUAUCGUUUACACUCUGAGCGCCCCGUACAAUCCCGCCGAUAUCGAAUAUUUCGAGAUCCAACCAGAAUCUGGUUGGAUCGUUCUAAAGAAGCCUCUAGACCGAGAAACGUACAAGUUGGAGGCUAUGGCUCAAGACAAGGGCUUCCCGCCCUUGUCCAGAACCGUGGAGGUCCAGAUAGACGUAGUGGAUCGCGCGAACAAUCCCCCCGUGUGGGACCACACCGUGUACGGCCCAAUCUACAUUCGUGAGAAUUUGCCCGUGGGUGCCAAAGUGGUGUCCGUAAAAGCAAGUUCCGGGAUAGAGAACAACCCGACCGUCUUCUAUCGGCUCAUGCCAGGCUCGACAGCUCAGACGAAUAAAUUCCAUACGUUUUAUUUACAACAAAGAGCUGACAAUGGGUUCACGUGGGCGGAUAUAAAAGUGAACCAUCCGUUGGAUUAUGAGAGCAUAAAGGAAUAUAAUCUGACAAUUCGAGUAGAGAAUAACGGAGCGCAACAGCUAGCUUCAGAGGCGACGGUCUACAUUAUGCUUGAGGACGUCAACGACGAAAUACCGUUGUUCACGGAGCGAGAACAGGAGACGGUUCUGGAAGGAGAACCUAUCGGGACCAAAGUCACGCAAGUCAACGCCAUCGACAAAGAUGGAACGUUCCCGAACAAUCAAGUGUACUACUACAUAGUAGAUUCGCCGCGGAACGAGGGCAAGGACUUCUUCGAGAUCAGCAUGCAGACGGGGGAGAUCUUCACCAAGGUGGUGUUCGACAGGGAGAAGCAGGGGGCGUACGCGCUGGAGGUGGAGGCGAGAGAUGGAGCCCCGUCGGCCCGACCCAACUCCGACAACCAGCCCAAUUCAGUGACAAAAUUCAUCCGGAUCGGUAUCGCGGACAAGAAUGACAACCCGCCGUACUUCGACAAGGAGCUGUACGAGGCCGAGGUGGACGAGAACGAGGACAUCCAGCACACCGUGCUCACCGUUACCGCCAAGGACCACGAUGAAUCGUCGCGUAUUCGAUACGAGAUCACGAGCGGGAACAUAGGCGGCGCGUUCGCUGUCAAGAACAUGACGGGCGCCAUCUACGUCGCCGGCGCUCUCGACUACGAAACUAGGAAACGGUACGAGUUGAAGUUGGCAGCGUCAGACAACCUGAAAGAGAAUUAUACAACAGUGGUGAUUCACGUGAAGGAUGUGAACGAUAAUCCGCCGGUGUUCGAGAGGCCGACGUACCGCACUCAGAUCACAGAGGAGGACGAUCGCAACCUGCCCAAGCGCGUGCUACAGGUGACAGCAACGGAUGGCGAUAAAGACAGGCAACAGAAUAUAGUAUAUUUCCUCACCGGUCAAGGAAUCGAUCCAGAUAAUCCUUCAAAUAGCAAGUUCGACAUUAACAGAACAACGGGAGAAAUAUUUGUGUUGAAGCCUUUAGAUCGUGAUCAGCCAAACGGAAGACCGCAAUGGAGAUUCACUGUUUUUGCUCAAGAUGAAGGAGGUGAAGGCUUAGUCGGUUACGCUGAUGUUCAAGUUAACCUUAAAGACAUAAAUGAUAAUGCUCCGAUAUUCCCUCAAGGUGUCUAUUUUGGAAAUGUGACGGAAAAUGGAACUGCUGGUAUGGUGGUUAUGACUAUGACUGCGAUAGAUUACGAUGAUCCUGCUGAAAGCAACAACGCUAAACUGUGGUAUUCUAUAGAGAAAAAUGUUAUUGAAGAAGAAACAGGGUCUCCAAUUUUCGAAAUUGAACCUGAAACCGGCGUCAUAAAAACUGCUGUUUGUUGCUUAGAUCGCGAAAGGACACCAGAUUAUUCCAUACAAAUAGUUGCGUCUGAUGGCGGAGGGUUAAAAGGUACUGGGACGGCCUCUAUACGAGUGAAAGACAUCAACGAUAUGCCUCCGCAGUUUACGAAAGACGAAUGGUUUACAGAAGUAGACGAAACUGACGGAACUAACUUACCGGAAAUGCCAAUCUUAACUGUCACAGUGCACGAUGAAGAUGAAACGAAUAAAUUCCAAUACAAAGUUAUAGAAAAUAGUGGAUACGGUGCUGAUAAAUUUACUAUGGUUAGAAAUAACGAUGGUACUGGUUCACUUAAAAUUGUUCAGCCAUUAGAUUAUGAGGACCAGUUACAAAGUAAUGGUUUUAGAUUUAGGAUACAAGUUAAUGAUAAGGGUGAAGAUAACGAUAAUGAUAAAUAUCAUGUUGCUUAUUCGUGGGUAGUUGUAAAACUUAGAGAUAUAAAUGACAAUAAACCUCAAUUUGAACGUGCUAAUAUUGAGGUAUCUGUAUAUGAAAAUGCCGAAGUUGGAAAAAGUCUGGAAACGUUUAAAGCUACUGACCCAGAUCAAGGAGGGAAAAGCAAAGUUUCUUAUGCAAUUGACAGGUCGUCAGACCGAAAGAGGCAAUUCUCAAUUAAUCAAGAGGGCACUGUAAGUAUUCAGAGAUCUCUGGAUAGAGAAGACACCCCUCGGCACCAAGUGAAAAUCUUAGCUAUCGAUGAUGGUGUUCCACCUAGAACAGCAACCGCUACAUUGACAGUCAUAGUACAAGAUAUAAACGAUAACGCACCAACAUUUUUGAAGGAUUAUAGGCCCGUCUUAACAGAGCAUAUUACGCCUAAGAAAGUAGCUGAAAUAUUGGCUACAGACGAUGAUGAUAGAUCUAAAAGCAACGGACCCCCAUUCCAAUUUAGACUUGACCCUGGUGCAGAUGAUAUUAUAAGAGCGUCUUUCAAAGUAGAGCAGGAUCAAAAAGGAGCAAACGGCGAUGGCAUGGCAAUAGUAUCUUCAUUAAGAUCAUUUGAUAGAGAACAACAAAAGGAGUACUUGAUUCCUAUAAUCAUUAAAGACCAUGGAAAUCCUGCAAUGACAGGUACUAGUACCCUAACUGUUGUUAUCGGAGAUGUCAAUGACAAUAAAAUGCAACCUGGUUCUAAAGACAUAUUGGUUUACAACUAUCAAGGUUUAGCACCUGAUACUGAAAUAGGACGAGUAUACGUUUAUGAUUUAGAUGAUUGGGAUCUACCUGAUAAAAAGUUCUUCUGGGAAAGUUCAGAACAUCCUAAUUUCACUCUCAAUGAAGAAACAGGUAUGAUACAGAUGAAACAUAAAACCAAAGAAGGCCGAUACCACUUAAAAUUCAAAGUGUAUGACCGCAAACAUACCCAAACUGAUGUACCUGCAAAUGUGACAGUAUAUGUAAGAGAAAUAUCUCACGAAGCUAUAAUUAAUUCUGGGUCUAUUAGAAUGUCGGGAAUAUCAGAUGAGGAUUUUAUACGAGUGUGGAAUUACAAAUCCCUGAGUGUCUCUAGAAGUAAAUUAGAUAUAUUUAGAGAUAAAUUGGCAGACUUACUUAAUACCGAAAGGGAUAACAUUGAUGUUUUCAGCGUACAGCUGAGGAAGAAGCAUCCUCCUGUUACAGAUAUUAGAUUUUCGGCACAUGGGGCUCAUUUCUAUAAGCCUAUACGGUUAAAUGGUAUAGUUCUUAUGCACAGAGAAGAAAUUGAGCGAACAGUAGGAAUAAAUAUUACCAUGGUUGGAAUAGAUGAAUGUCUUUAUGAAAACCAAAUGUGUGAAGGCUCGUGCACCAAUGUUUUAGAUAUCAGUAAUUUACCUUAUAUGGUAAAUGCAAAUAAAACAGCAUUAGUGGGCGUGCGUGUUGACGUGAUUGCUGAAUGCACAUGUGGCGCUAGAAAUUUCACUCAAGCUGAAACUUGUCGAAAUUCUCCUUGUUAUAAUGGUGGACGUUGUAUAGAGGGCAAAUACGGAUUAACUUGUUCAUGUCCUCCUGGAUAUACUGGGCCCAGAUGCCAACAAACAUCAAGAAGUUUCAGAGGUACUGGAUGGGCAUGGUAUCCUUCACUAGAAAUGUGUGAUAGCUCCCACUUAAGUUUCGAAUUUAUAACAAGAAAAUCGGAAGGUGUUUUGUUGUAUAAUGGGCCUAUAGUUCCUCCAGAACCGGAAGAAAUUAUGGUAUCUGACUUCAUAUCUGUCGAAUUAGAGAGAGGCAACCCACGUUUGUUAAUAGAUUUUGGAUCUGGAACAUUGGAAUUGAGGGUUAAAACUAAAAAAUCACUAGAUGAUGGUGAAUGGCAUAGAAUCGAUAUAUUUUGGGACACAGAAAAUGUCAGAAUGGUUGUAGACUACUGCAAAUCAGCUGACAUUCAAGAGAUGGAAGAUGGCACCCCACCUGAGUUUGAUGAUUCAACGUGUCAAGCUUCCGGAACGAUACCUCCAUUUAAUGAAUAUUUAAAUGUAAACGCUCCUUUACAAAUUGGAGGAUUGUAUAUCGAACAUUUUGACCCAACUCAUUAUCACUGGCAGUACAUGCCGAUCGGGAAAGGCUUUGAUGGUUGUAUACGAAAUUUAGUUCAUAACAGUAAACUUUAUGAUUUAGCUCACCCUGGUUUAUCUCGCAACUCAGUUGCCGGCUGUCCACAGACGGAAGAGAUAUGCAAUCAGGCUGACACUACAUCCAGAUGUUGGGAACAUGGUACGUGUGUGGGUAGUUUCUCAGAAGCACGCUGCCAGUGCCAACCAGGUUGGACAGGACCAUCUUGCAAUCUACCAACUACACCUACUAGUUUUAGACCACAAAGCUAUGUCAAGUUUGCUUUGAGUUUUGAACCAGAUCGAUUUAGCACGCAAAUACAGCUUCGGUUUAGAACUCGUGAGCCGCACGGUGAACUUUUCCGAGUUAGCGACCAGCACAACAGAGAAUAUGGCAUCCUUGAGGUUAAAGAUUCAAGAUUACACUUUAGAUACAACCUCAAUUCAUUGAGAACUGAAGAGAGAGAUGUGUGGCUGAAUUCAGUCGCGGUCGAUGACGGUCAAUGGCAUAUAGCGAGGGUCAGCAGGUACGGCAGUGCUGCAACGUUAGAAAUCGAUGGUGGUGAAGGAAGGAGGUAUAAUGAAACAUUCACAUUUGAAGGUCACCAAUGGCUCUUAGUAGAUAAACAAGAAGGAGUAUAUGCGGGAGGUAAAGCUGAAUAUACUGGCGUUAGAACGUUUGAAGUGUACGCCGACUUCCAAAAAGGUUGCCUUGAUGACAUUCGAUUAGAAGGCAAACAUUUACCUCUGCCUCCAGCGAUGAAUGGAACUCAAUGGGGUCAAGCGACUAUGGCUAGAAAUUUAGACCGUAAUUGUCCCUCUAAUAGUCCCUGUAUCAACGUUCACUGCACCGAACCAUUCGUCUGUGUUGAUCUUUGGAACGAAUACGAAUGCACGUGUCCCGGUGGAUCGAUACGCGCCGGUGGUACGUGCGUCAACGUCAACGAGUGCGUUCAAAAUCCGUGCCUGAACGGCGGCACUUGCCUGGAUCGGGAGCCGGCCCGGCGCUACGACUGCAUUUGCUCGUUCGGCUACACCGGACACGAUUGCGAACUAGAGCUCCUCGCAUCGGGAAUCAUCAUGCCCUCCAGAGAUUUCAUUAUAGCUAUCAUUGUGUGUUUAUUUUUGCUUUUAGUACUGGUACUAGUAUUCGUGGUUUACAACCGUCGACGAGAGGCUCACAUCAAAUACCCCGGGCCCGACGACGAUGUCCGCGAGAAUAUUAUCAACUACGACGACGAGGGCGGCGGCGAAGAUGACAUGACGGCUUUUGACAUCACCCCGCUACAGAUUCCCAUCGGCGGACCACUUCCCGAUCAUGUCCCGGCUAAGCUACCUUAUCCGCUGAUGGGCGUCGGUCUGGGAGUGGGUCCGAUGGGAGUGGGCGUGGGAGUGGAAGUGGCGCCGGGGGUGGGAGUGGGGCUGCCGGGGGAGACGAACGUGGGCAUGUUCAUCGAGGAGCACAAGCGGCGCGCGGACAGCGAUCCCAACGCUCCGCCGUUUGACGACCUGCGGAAUUAUGCAUACGAGGGGGGCGGCAGCACCGCUGGCUCGCUGUCCUCGCUUGCAUCCGGCACCGACGACGAGACGCACGAAUACGACUACCUGGGCGCGUGGGGCCCGCGGUUCGACAAGCUGGCUGACCUAUACGGGCCCUCCCUGGACGAGCAGCUGUAGACGCCCCCCCUCCUCCCGCAGCCCGCGGACAACGUUUAGUCAAUUGUCUCCCCGACCCAAGCCUCUCUUAGCCUUGUCCGAGUACGACACCACCGUUCCGUUCCCGGGCCGCUCCACCCGCGGCUCGCGACUCCUAUCAAUUUUCUACUACUUUAUUUUAUACGAUAGCGGUGACUAGCUUAAGUGACUAAUCUUUUAAGGCGUAUACUUAUUUAUUAAUUUUUACGAAGUUUAAUCGCGUAUCUUCACCAAAUAUUUGAUAUAAGUUUUUAUUAAAAUUUAGUCGUAAUACAAGUCAGUAUUUUAUUGGAAGCUAACCGUAAGCGGAUUUUUGCUGAGGAACCGCCGCGACCGACCCGUGAGUGUUUGUAGAUAGUGUGCUAUAAAUGUGAAUAAUUCGUACGAGUAUUUUAUAAGUCCGCAGCUUUACGUGAUAUCACCCCGCCCGGCGCCUCAGCAUUACAUCGGUAUACCUACUGAAGUAUAAUAAUAUGUUAUAUUUUACGAUAACGAUAGAUUAAACGAGUAGUCCCGUCGGACGCCGAGUUUGUAAUGCUCAUUCUAUAUGUGAAGUAUUUAGGGGGGAUGUAUAUACGAUAGAUUAUUGAACUACCCCCGUAAUUUUAAUAAAGCGACGUUCUAUUCGAAAUUUCAACGUAAGCGAACUGUACAGUAACUGGUGUUCCUCUCCAAAAGUCUCCAUGUAGAUGUAGAGAAUAAUUAGAAUCUGUAAACGUCUACGGUCUACUCGCUACGAUAGCUACAUAAUAUCGGAUCGGGAAGCUAUGGAGUGUCUGUCUGUGUGUGUGAUCGUGUGUGGACGGAGCGCGGAGUGUGAGUGUGCGCACGCGCACGGCGAGCGAGGCGAGCGAGCUUGGGACGUAUGGCUGUGCCGUUUCCGCCGGAAGCGCGUCGUGAAUGAGACUGUGCCAAUUUAUCGUAACCGAAGCGGCCGACGACCGUAGAUAUAAGUGUUUGCACUUUA